AACUAUUAGCUAACCAGCAAUUUCUUUCUCUUUCUAUAGAUCAGCUGUUUCAUGUGUUGGCUAUGCACAUGAGACUCUACAGCAUUGAUUCUGCUUACAAUCCAUGGAAGAAACUAACACAAUUGAUACAUGAUGAAGAACUGGAGAUGUGCAGUGAGGAUCAAGCAGAGGUUCCAGUGCUUUAUAAGGAUGUCUCAUCUCUUUUGCUCAUCCAGAUCUUAACCAUGCCUCAGCCACUGCGCAAAGAACACUUUGUUUGUAUCAUAAAAGUGCUCUUCACCUUGUUGUACAUACAAGCUCUAGUUGCACUUUCUGUGAAAUGCAGCCCUGAGGACAAGAUGACUUGGAUGAACUCAGGAGCUCUGGGAAAGAGUAUGAUCAAUGCAGAAAAAUCUUGUCAGGUGUUACUGAGCCAUGUGAUCAGUGAACUUUUCAAAGGGAAGGUUUAUGAACAAGAGCAAGAGGAAACUGAAGAUAUGGAUAGCUCUAGUGCUUGGUGCCCACACUCCAUAGAGACGUAUGUGCAGCAAUUCUGCCUGCCUUUCCUCAGGAUAACCAGCCUUCUUCAGCAUCAUCUCUUUGGAGGGGAGCUACCUAGCUGUCAGGAAGAUGAAGAAUUUACUGUCCUUGCCAACUGCCUGGGUUUGCUACCCUCUUCUUUUCAGUCGUCGGAGUUUCCUAGUGCCUCUUGCCUUGAUUGGCCUGUGUCAGCCUUUGACAUUAUAUCCCAGUGGUGUUCUGAAUUGGUCUCGUUUGCCGACAAGCAUCCAGUGCAAGUCAAGAUCUUACUUAUACAAAAACCUAACUGGGACUUACCACAUCUCCUACAAUUGCCUGAAAAUUAUAAUGCUGUUUUCCAGUACUAUCACAGAAAGAGUUGCUCGGUCUGUUCCAAAGUACCCAAAGAUCCUGCAGUUUGUUUAGUUUGUGGUACUUUUGUGUGUUUGAAAGGACUUUGCUGUAAACGGCAGAGCUUCUGUGAAUGCGUCUUGCACUCGCAAAAUUGUGGAGCUGGAACAGGUAUCUUUCUUUUGAUCAAUGCAUCUGUAAUCAUCAUAAUUCGUGGUCAUCGGUUUUGCCUUUGGGGUUCCGUUUACCUGGAUGCUCAUGGUGAAGAAGACAGAGAUCUCAGACGUGGCAAACCGCUCUAUAUAUGUAAGGAAAGAUACAAAAUGCUUGAACAGCAGUGGGUAUCGCAUACUUUUGAUCAUAUCAAUAAAAGGUGGGGGCCACAUUACAAUGGUUUAUAGAUCACUAACCAUUGUGCUGUCUCAUCCCCUUUAUUACGAUUGCUCCUUGAUCGGCUUAAGGGAGCGGGAACCCAUUCUCUCUUUUCCCCGGGGAAAGUGUGAAGCCAGGUCAUGAAGUGAAGCCCUACGUUAAUUAGGUGCUGGGUAAUUUAAAAACACAAAGGAAUUAGUUCUCCUAAUUUGAUACAUUAUCUAAAUUAAUUUUAUAGUUGUUGCUUUCUAAUCCACUAAUAAACAAGCACAAAUUGUACUUUAAAAAUGCCACUGAAUGGCUACUGAGUGUUUUAUUUUUUCCCUGAUUGGGGUGGUUGGACUGUGCUGAUGAACUGUAUAUCUGUAGACACCUGCUAAACACGUUGCUCCUUUUGUCUUUUUUCUUUGUGUUUUAAGAUUUUGCUCAGUAUGCAUUUGUAAGUAUGUAAGAGUUGUAACACUUUCAAUUUGUGGAAUUGUAUAGAAAUGUCUAAAAGAUUUUUAGAAAAUAUUUCGCUUAUUGCCAGAAAGCUAUUGAAAUAGUUUCAGGCAUUGCUGAAAACCUUAUUCAUUCUCAGGAAUUUCAUAGAUAUACUCCAGAGAUUAGUGAAAUAGCUGUAAAAUAAGUGGUUUACCACUCUGAAUAUAAUACAACAUGUACACAGUGUUGUGCCUGACAUUUCAGUUAAUUUAAUUACAAAGGAAACCUAAGACAUCUAUUUAACUGCCUGUGUAUAUGCAACAUUCGUAAAAUGCCCCAUGUGGUCAGUCAGACACUAUCCCAACCACACAUGCCCUUUGUCUCAUUUCCACCAGCUGACUCCUUCAGGUUGCGGGGGGGUUGUGGUGCGGGAGAAGGCAUCAUGGACCUCUUGCUGGUGAAAUACUAUUAACUGAAUUUCUCCUGCUUUUGCAAGCAGGGAGCAAUUGCCACCCUUUCUGCUUAAUAGGAAAUUGGGGUAAGGCAUUGAAUUGCAAGAUGGCAGCGGUCAACUGGCUCCUACCCCCACCUCACCCCCUUUGCAUCUCAAGUGAAGAAUGCUUUGGCCUAGAACGGAGACCAAGGCCAUGCUUGGCAGAGUCAUGCCCCCUUUCCACACCCCUAGCCUUUGACUCCUGGAUUACCCAGAGGAGCCAAUGUGUGUAUCUGGUCACGUACAUUGUUUUACACACAGGCUGGGAGGAUGUGAGCAGACCUUUGUGUUGGGUAAAUUAGGACCAGAGCGUUUUGGUUUUGAGGACUUUGAAAUCAACCAGAAUGGGCAUCCUUGCCAAAAAGAAAACAUAUAGGCAGGCAGUACUUUGCAGUGCUGAUAUUUUGCUGCCAAAAUGCUUUUCUUCUUUCUCACAGAGUUAACAAUUUCAAACAAUGCUGUCAGGCAUUUGUGACAUUUACAUACUUUGGACAUAAUUUUUUUCUCUAAAGCCUUUACCUGGAAAAUAUUUUUUAAAAAGUGUUCUAGUUAUAAAGCCUUGCAUUUGAUUGAAAGCUGCUUUCUCUUCAGCUAUGGAAGAUCACAUGGGCCAUUGCUGUGGAGGAAGUGGGAUUAUUUAUGUAAGGAUCUUCAAAGCCCUUUCAGUUUUUAGAAAAAUAUAAUGUAAAAUACAUGGCAAUAGAUUGUUUUAUCAAAAAUUGUGUAAACAGACAUGAACACAAAUAUUUGGAGUAUUCCUAUAAGCCUGUAAAUUGUUCCAUCAUUAUUUGAAACAUUGUUUUUUGUCUAAAACAUGACUUCAUUUGUCACACAUGAAAUGUGAAUGUGGUCCUCCUCUGUUACGUUUGCGUUGCUCGCCUACGAGAACCAAGCCAUUUUAUGAGCAUUUUAUGAAAUAUCCUGGGCAUCUCAUGGCAUAACACUAUGACAGGGCUUCUCCUCUGUAUAGUUUAAAACUUCACGAGAGAUAAUGUUUUCAGAAAAUGAGUAAAAUGUGUUAUUUAAAAUGGAAUGUUUUUGAUUGUGUAUAUGGCUGUGAAGUAAAAUUAUUAGCCUUAACUUUAAAAUCUUGGUAUUUCACGGUGUUCAUUUUGAUACUAGUGCAUUAGUCACUGGUUUGUUUAAAGACAAAAGACAAGACACUCGUUUGGAAAUCCUACUUGAAAUAUGCCUGCAUGCUGCUGAAAUGGAAGUUGGAUUCCUCCCAUAACUUCUUAAAAAUCUGCUUUAUUAAACCUACUUGGAGAGUGUAACAGGUCCAAGCUAGAAUGGUGUGCGUGUGCUGCGUGUGCUGCUGCCGCCGCUGCUGCUGCUGCCGCCGCUGCUGCUAAUUCCUCCAGCGUCCUGGUGAGAUACCUUGUAUGAGUGGAAAUCUGAGUACAGUACAUUACUGUAGAAACAGAAUCAACAUGUAAAACUAAAACUACCAUAAUCAAUAUUGUAAAAUAUGUUAAUAAAAGUCUACUGUCAUUA